AUGUUGUACCUCGGUUCAAUUUGGAGGCUGGUAACAAUGGUUACGUUGGCCCUAGUCUUGGCCUUGUUCCAAUGUCCAGCGCCCUGCCUGGGAUCACCGGUAAUGCUCGACAAGCUCUUCGGGUUUGCUGCAUACCAGCCCACCUACUCUGGCGGUGGUUACGGCGGUAACCAGUACGCCUACUACGGCGGGGGAGGUGGCAGUGGAAACGGUGCCGGUUUCAGUGGCCAUCAUCGUGCAACAACGAGCUCUGGACACAAGCGGCAAGCCAAGGGUCGCGAUUACAAGGACAUCUGUCGGGUGGUAAACCCAGCCCCGUAUGCACUACCCGGUCGUGCCCCUUACCCAGCAGCACCAUUUUGCCCUUAUUAG